ACGAGCGGGCCUGAGGUAGCCCUGGGCCGGCGCGGCACCGACGGCUGGCAGAGAGCUCUGCGGAGGGCCGGGCGGUGCGCUCCCGAGCGAGCGGAGCCGAGGUCCGCGGGUCUCCGGAGCGGGGCGGGGCCGUCGAUCGGUCUGCGGCGCAGCUCGUUCAGGUGCCGCGGCCGCUCCACGUAGCCCGGCGGCGGGCCGGCAAGGGUACGCGGACCUCGGCCCGCGGCUGUCGUUAGCCCAAGCCGGGCCCUUGCGUCCCAGGACUCCCGCGGAGCCAUGGCGGGCCCUGGCCCGGGAGAUCAGGACGAACACUACGAUUUCCUGUUCAAGCUGGUGUUAGUGGGCGACGCGAGCGUGGGCAAGACGUGCGUGGUGCAGCGCUUCAAGACCGGCGCCUUCUCCGCGCGUCAGGGCAGCACCAUCGGUGUCGACUUCACCAUGAAGACGCUGGAGAUCCAGGGCAAGCGGGUCAAGCUACAGAUUUGGGACACAGCUGGCCAGGAGCGGUUCCGGACCAUCACCCAGAGCUACUACCGAAGUGCCAAUGGGGCCAUCCUUGCGUAUGACAUCAGCAAGAGGAGCACCUUCUUGUCAGUGCCUCAUUGGAUCGAGGAUGUGAGGAAAUACGCGGGCUCCAACAUUGUGCAGCUGCUGAUUGGAAACAAGUCAGACCUUGCCGAUUUCCGGGAGGUCUCGCUGGAGGAGGCGCAGAGCCUGGCUGAGCACUAUGACAUCCUCUGUGCCAUCGAGACCUCUGCCAAGGACUCCAGCAACGUGGAAGAGGCCUUCACCAGAGUGGCCACUGAACUCAUCAUGAGACAUGGAGGCCCCAUGUUCAGUGAGAAGAACACUGACUACAUCCAGCUGGACAGCAAGGACAUUGCGGAGAGCUGGGGCUGUGGGUGCUGACUGGGGGGCAGGGCAGGCAGGCUGAGACCUCCCCCAGUUCUUUGUGUCCAGCCUGUCAAGCCCCACCCUUUAGAGUCAGCCCUCCAGGGCACUGGCUUCUGUAGAGGGAUUCUGCACCCCUAGCCUGGAUGCUGGGCAGGAAGGGAGAUGCUAUGCAGGGUAUCCUGUGCAGAAAUCUAUUGGCCCAGGCAGGAUGUGGGCCGUCCCAGCAGCCAGCAUCUGCUCCCUCCAUGUUCUUCACAUUCCAGGACUAGCCUGAGCCUUCCAGCAUAGACUGUGGUGGGCAAUGCUGGCUGUGCUGCCCAGCCAGCCCCUACUGCUGGUUUUGACCUUCUCCUGCCUUGACUGCUGCAGACGUGCAGCGGGUUGCUGCUCUCCAGGGAUGUGGCUGGUACCCCAGGUUCUUCCAGGUCAUUCUCCUGCCUCUUACCAAAGUGUAAAAAGCACACCACUUAGACCAACAGACUGGUGCCGAGCCUUGUCCCGGGGAAGCCUGAGCUCAGCAGGUGGAAUCAGCGUCUCUGUCCUCACUGCCAGCGUGGAGCUCCAAGCUCCCUGGGCCUGGCUCGAUGCCUUACCAAGACCUCUCAGAUGUUUCUGCUUUUCCAUGUAGCAUCUCAUUUUCACUGACCCAGUUGUAGGGUCAUGGCCAGGGGCCAACUGGGAACUGUCUCUGGGCUUAAGGCCCAAAAUGUUGCCAGUCAGGUUGCAAAAGCAGCUAAUCUUCCAGUGUGGUUGAGGGGUGAGAUAGGAGAGUGAAGGUUUAAGGAAAAGCUUGCAAGGGGCAGCUCACGGGCAGAGCACAUGCUUAGCACACGCCAGGCCCCGAGUUCCGUCCUCAGCACCAAAACAACAAAACCGCAGUUUCUGGCGUGUCCCUGAGGUUGAGGGCCCCGUGGACGCAGACCUUGCCCCAUGUGGGGAAGCCUUCCCUUCCACUCUCCAGAACUUCUAGUUCGCCACGGUCCUGGGCUGGCUUACAGCUUCAAAGCAAAAAAGAUGUGCCCACUGGCCUGAGACCUGGCCAUCUUAGACCUCACUGAUUCUGUCUGCCUUAAAGGGUGCUUCCGCUGGGCUCAGAAGGAGUAGUUCCCUGCAUCUCCCUGCUCGCUGGCAUCCCACCCUUGCCUCCCCCUUCAGGCGUUCUGGUCUGUCAGCACCUUCCCUAGGGGGAGAUCUGGCCACAGGGCGAGAAGCAGCGCUUUGCAACAACUGUGUAGCAGCCAGGGGAGAGAGAAGUGUGGUGGACUAGAUAAACCGGGCUAGACUUGCUGGGCCCUUGAGGUAGGAGGCAGCCUGUGCAUUGGUGGAGCCUGGCUCUGCUGGGAAGGAGGGCGGCCUGAGUGAGUCAGCCCACUUUGAGAGCUUCUCAGGUGGGGGUCAUUGUGGCUGUCCUUGGUUGGAGCUGCAUGGUCCCAGGGGCUGGAGACCAUGAAGCCACACGGCUUUCUUAACCACGAAGUCAUGAUCCUUUCGGGGGUGGGGAUGACCUUUUCACAGGGCUCACCUCUCAGGAAACAGCUGAUUGCCUUCCUUUCCUGGGCCUGAUGUAGUUGAGAGGGUCCUGCUUGCUGGUUUCAGUCGGCCCAAACUCUUGUCUGGGAGAGCUGGUUCCUUUUCUGACCCUUCCACUGCGGAGCCUGGCCCCACCUCUGGGUGGGCGGUACCCAACAUGAGGGUGCCCUCUGGACUGCACAUGGCCUUCGGAGCCAUCUGGCAUCUGUGGUUCCAUGAGUAGAUCCUGUGGGCUUGAUAUCUCCAGGGCCAGUCAGGAAGGCAGCCCUAGCCUCUCACGGCCCUGGGGAUGCCUGUGUGGUAGGGAGUUUGCCAGGUCUUUGGUCCAUGUCUGGUGUUCAAAUGGAAGUCCCAUUUCUAGGAUGUGUCUAUCUGAGUUUAGAUACUGACCCUGCCGUAGCUACCCAUUACUACCCAGCAAGCCUUGCUCUUUAGUGAUACCAGUGCUGAGCCCAGCAGGACAUUAGGGUCCUUCUGUACUUAGGGCCUAGAGGAGUGAGGUCAGAGGCCUUUUGCUCUAAACAGAGCUCUACCCUUUCUUUCACAAGAUGGCAACUGACUGGUGAUGGGGCUCACAUGUCACCCUGGGCCAGGAGCCCACUUCUAGGAGGCCCAUAAGGCAGUGUUUCUUAACCUGUGAGUCACAGCCCCUUUAGGGGGCUCAGAGGAUCUUAUCACAGAGGUUGCCUAUCAGAAAACACAGAUAUUUACAUUACGAUUCAUAAUUAGCAAAAUUACAGUUCAGUAGGUACGAAAAUUUGUGGUUGGGGGUCACCACACCAUGAGGGCGGUAUUAAAGCGGCACAUUAGCAAAGUUGGGCAGAACCGCCAUAAGGCCUAACCUGGAGUGGAACAGAACUCGGUAAGCACUGCGUGGCUAGAGAACCUUCUGCACUGGUGGCCCCUUGGCUCACCCAGCGACCAGGAAGAUGAUUUCUUUCUCCCUUCACAGGAAGAUAACCUCACUUCCCUUUCAUAAUCCCUGGUGCCUGGAUUGUGGAUGAGGCCCUGCCCCGUGCCCUUAAGUAGGAGUAGCCCUGCCCUGAGAGUUUAGCCCAAACACCAGUCUCCUGAGCCCUGCACCCCCCCAGCCCUCUGGAACCACCCUACCGUCUCACUUUCCAGGUUCCAGUUCCACUGCCAGGUGCAGCUCUGGAAGGCCAGGCCUGAGGCCCUCAGCCAGUGGGGGGUGACCAUAGCUUCCACAGCCUGCCUGCCUCUCUGCUCACCAUGUCUGGGCCCAACACGCCCCCCUCUCCCAGAUCCUCAGUCAGCCUGCCUUCUUACAGCACAAUCCCACAAGUGACCCAAAGCACACAUCUUUGAGGGGAGACGGGCCCUCCCUAGCCACAGGCCUUAUCCCCAGCAUCGUGGCAAGGAUGAAUUCUUCCCUUGGCCCCCAAUUCUAUGGCCUGGGAAGACCCCGAGUCCUAGACUGAUCCUGGCUUCUAUGGAGAAGCUGCAGCCACCCCUUUGAACAGUAGUGCCAAGGCUCUGGCCCUCUGCUGAGGCACCUGCCCCACCACAGUGCUCAGAGAGACCUUUGGGCCCUUGUCAGAAGGUGCCCAGGGCUUGAGGACCAGAAAAUAGCCAAGUGUGAGAGUUAAGAAACAAAACCAGCUGCUUCCCUCCCCUAGGCAGGCUUGGCUGGCUGCCAGCAGCAGUCCAGGCCUCUAGGGCAACAGAAGUUUAAUCUCUUCCCUUGUUUGAAAAGUUACUGAACAGCAGGAACAGGUGGAGGGUGAUGCUGUUGGGGAGGAGGUACCCACAGAAGGGUUGGUAGGCCCGGGUGGUUGCAGCAGGUCUUGUCCACUAGAGGUACUAGAGGAGGGGCUUCAUGUCUCUUUGGGUGGAAGUCUGUUCCCAAGGACAUAGGCUCCAUAGAUCCUGGUGGGGAUCUACCGGAAGUCCCUGGUCCACACUGAAUGGGUGGCCUUGUCCCAGGAUACUGCCAGCAGUGGCCCUCUAGCCAAACUCACCCCUGCAAGGGCCUGGGCAGGGGCAGAAUUGCCAGCCCAAGAAUGCCAUGCAUAUUGGGGAAGUUUUCACAUUACCUAUUUAUGGAUAUGUAAGUCUUUCUAUCAAAUCUAUUUUUGAAACAUGAAAAGUUGCCUUUCUGGAUGUGUCAGAGCCAGUGUACAAUUCAACCAUUAAAUGUUUCUGUACGGA